GCGCCACUAGACUGCGCUUAGCCGAUCACGUGAUGUACAGUAUCGUUCCUCUUGCCCUUGCCGCGUGCGUUCGUUCCUUCGAAACCUAAAAGUAUCUCUCUAUAUCUUCGAUAUAAUAAAGAAGUGUAUUUUGUCUAAUAACGUUUAAUAAAUAAAACUAAAGUGUUCUUUUUCUAAACUGUGUGUUUCUCACUUAACCUUCCAACAGGUUAUGGAGCCCAGGUAAUUGUAAAAACAAUUCGCGUUUCCACCACGUGGAAAAAGUGCCUUUUAGUAAGUGAGAAAAGAAAAUAAUUAGGAAGUGAUUUUGCUGUAAAAUUAGUGGCGAGAAAAAUCCUUGACAAGAUGAGUGAGGUAACUGCACAGGCUGUUACAGAUGAGACGACGAUUCAAAGGAUGUGGAAAAAUCUAAACUUAAUGUUUGGAUUGGACAAAAGUCAUCCGGAUGACGAAAUAAAAGUCAUCGUCGAAGGAGAGAAUAUAACUCUUAAAAUAAGAGAAAAUGUAUUUUACCACACGGAAAAACGCAUGAUGACUCAGGAGGAAUGGGCAGCCCUUCAGAGUUGGUUAGACGAGAAAACUCUUCUUGAUCUACCAGCUAUCAUGCCAAGGACAUUCUCAGAAUGUUCAGCGACCGAACUAAUGACAAUAGACGAAGAGGAUGAGGAUGAGAAAGGGUCAUUAGGAGAGAAUGAAGUGUUAGGAGAGAACGAAGAGCAAGGAGAGAAAAAUACUCAAGAAGUGUCAGGAAAGAAAGAAGAGUCAGCAGAGAAAGGAGAGGUAGAAGGAGAGAAAAUUGUCAAAAGAAAUGGUUCGGAAGCUGAAAUGCUGAAUAUUGUUAUGGAGAGGAUGAACGCACAAGAAACAAAGAUGGACAAAUUGGUUGAAAUCGUCAACAAUUUUUGUAUCAGUUCAAUCAAAGCCACUGAACAAAUGACUGGUUCGAUUCACCAAAUAAAAGAGUCAUUAAAAAUUAAAAAUAAAGAGGCAGUCAGUCAACAAACGUUGACUGAUUUAACUGUUUUGCUAAGAGAAGAUUAUGUGAAACAGAACAUAAGGAUGAGAGACACAAUAUACACAUUAGGUGAGAUAGCUAAGGCUUUUAGAAUCGAGAAAAAGGCCAAAGCGAAUAAUGAAGAGGACGAAGCAACAAGGCGAGAUAAAGAAGAGGACAAGGAGGUGAGAUCGACAAACUUGGCAAGAGGCGAAACUAAAAUAAGAUGCUACGAGUGUCAAGAUUAUGGACACAUUGGAGCUGAAUGCCCCAACAAGGGCAGAGGAAUAAAGUGUUACAAAUGUAACAAAUUUGGGAGUCACGUUGCUGCUUCUUGUCCGACUCAAGCUUCUACCCCGAGAUACGUAGUUAGAGGAAGAGGGCAUAGAGGAAGAGAUUCAAGAUACUAACUAUUCAUGAUGAGGAACAUAAGGAGAGAUUUACCAUAGAACCUAUUUAUUUUCAUUUACCAAAGGACUAAGUUUAUUUAAAGGAGCAGAAAAGAGGCGAUCGGGAGGGAGUGUUAGAAGUUUGAAACGCCCGCCCUUUUCUCUGUUAGUAUAUUCUAGCGCCACUAGACUGCGCUUAGCCGAUCACGUGAUGUACAGUAUCGUUCCUCUUGCCCUUGCCGCGUGCGUUCGUUCCUUCGAAACCUAAAAGUAUCUCUCUAUAUCUUCGAUAUAAUAAAGAAGUGUAUUUUGUCUAAUAACGUUUAAUAAAUAAAACUAAAGUGUUCUUUUUCUAAACUGUG